AAAUUAGAGUAAGUUGAGAAAUAAGAAAGGGCAAGCAUGUAUGGAAACGAAGAGUAGAAAAUAGGGGAAGGAGGAAAGCGGAGAAAGACGAAAGAAAUUGGGUGAAUCUUGAAGAAGAGAGAGGGCAAAGAUGCGAAACAGUGGGAGAGAAGAAGUAAAAUUGUUAGCGCAUAGAUUUUGUCUUCUUCUUCUGCUUCUCCUCUUCGCGUGCCGUUCUUCACCAGUUCUUGCUCAGUUAGAUCAGGAGGUAGAGGAAUUAUCGUCAAGAAUUCUUGACCAAGAGCAGUCAGGUGUUCACGAAAUUCAUUGCUCCAGAGAGAGAAGUCGAGUUGCAUGGAAAGUUAUACAGGAGUAUUUGAUGCCAUUCCUGGAACAAGAAAAGUAUGAGCUUUCAACGAAAUGUAGACUUCAUCCCAGUAAUGACAUUUACAGAGAUCAGGAGGAUCACAAGAUUCAUGUGGAUAUAAAUGAAUGGCGCUGUGGAUACUGCAAAAAAAGUUUCCGAGCUGAAAAAUUUCUCGAUCAGCAUUUUGACAACAGACAUUCUAAUCUUCUAAAUGUUAGUCAUAGCAAGUGCUUGGCCGAUUUGUGUGGAGCACUGCAUUGUGACGUUUUGGAUGAGUCAAAAUCUCGGAAGACCAAAUGCAAUCCUGCGUCUACUUCAAGGAAUCGUCAUUUAUGUGAGAGUCUUGCAAACGGCUGUUUUCCCGUUCACCAGGGUCCAAAAGCAAGUCGUCUUCAUGAGUUGUUUUUGCACCAAUUCUGUGAUGCCCAUUCUUGCUCAGGUCAGAAAAAACUUUUUCCUAGAGGAGGCAAGAAACAUACAAAUAGGUUCUACUUGGCAGCUUCAGUAUUAACAUUGAUGCUGCUCCCGAUAUUCUACCUAAUUGUUUAUCUCUAUCAAAGAGAAAUGAGAAGCGGAACACAGGAUCUUAAGCGCAUCGCAAAAGUUGGAAAAAAAGCAAAGCCUACUUAACGCAACUCGGAUUUCUUUGACCAUGGUUCAACAUCGAAGGUUCAUCCCGGGCAUCUUGGGAUUAAAUGAUCUUAUGGAAAAGUGGGGCUCAAAUUGACCAUGGUUUUUGUUGUAACAUUUCUAUAAACACCCAAGUAACAAUUUUGCUUGAGAUAUUACAAAUGAGCUUAUGGUUCAGAGUGCAAACAGAACAAAUCUCUCCAUAGGCUAAUUCUUUUGUGCCAGGACUCGCAUGUAUUGUAAUAUUCACAAUUUAUACAUAUACCAUCAUAUCAAAAAUAAGAGUAUGGGCUAGUUUCCUUA